CACAAGAGGGUGGCUGCUUUCGCUUCUGCAUCACCGGAGCCAAGGAUGUGCCACGAACGGAAAUGACAAUUCAGGGAGGGGGAAUUCAUAGGGAUAUCUACGUACGAGCUGAAAAGAGGCUCUCCAGCCCCCUCGUCUCCUUAUCCACGAGGGUUACACACAUGCACACCACCGCUACCCUCUUCCUCCCAACCAGCACGCAGAGCUCAGCUUGCAAGAGCAAACUUGCUUGCAAUGUGUCUGCAAUUUGUUUGUCGUGAACCUGCCUCUCUCCAGUUUCUAGGUGUUUCAGGCUGUAGAUUUUACCUUGUCAGGCGGCCUGCUUCGGUUCCCAGCAGCGAGGCGACGCGAGCAGACUACUGCUCCUCCUGGCGCCGCGGGGCGGCGGGUGCGUCGCUGUUCUCCGCCUGUCGCCGGGUCUCGGGCGCGGUCUGCAGAGAGCCCGGCCGCCCUGGUGACCGAGUGCAACAAUCCCAGCACGCUCGGGCCCGCGCUCGCCGGCUGGCGCGCACACACUGCCUCCCGCGACCGCUUCCUCUCCCGGCUGAACCCAGGGGAUUAGGCCUCCCCCAUCCCGCCCCUCGCAGCUUGUGCUCCUGUCAGGAGGAAAGGUCACCCAGAAGGGCUCAGCCUCCGGAGGAGACCCAGCGCCACCUCUGGGCCGCCACACCCCCUGCCCAACCCCGCUCCCCGGGCUCCAAGAUGCGUCUGUCCCCGGCAGAGCUGGGGGCGGGACCUGGAGAAUCGCUGGCAGCAGCCCCUACUUACCUCCGAGCGUUGCUUGGCUCUGGCUCCUUCUCUGCAGCCGCCAAGUCCUCCUGGUGCCCCGGACCCAGGCCCACAAUUUCAGGCUUUCUGCUCAGAAGGGAGGACUGUGCGUAGUUUUUCUUUCCAACUCCUGCUUUCCCAGAACCGCACCCCUGGCUCUUGACGAUGAGCAGAUGGUCUACAAACAAGACGAAGAUAACCUCUAUUUGUACGCAAAAGAGAAAUAAACCAGGCUUACUGGAUUUGGGAUAAUUUGAGGUCAGAAGAGUCACUCAUAAGGAACCAGGAACUUUUAAGAUAUACAGAUGGCAUCUAGCAUUCAAAAAAGGAGUGGAUGAAGUCUCUUGAAAUUAUUUCUAAUAUCACAUUAUUUGUAUGCUUUGAUUUAGAUAUAAAUGUCCCUCUAACACCUCACAUGUUAAGAGCUGGGGCUUUUGGAAAGUGAUUGACUUGUGGGGAUGCUCUACUCAUCAACAGAUUAAUCCACUAAUGAGUUCUUCAUUCAAUGUGCUCUUAAGAAAUGAGACCUGGUCAGAAGAGGCAGUUUACUGAUGAUGGUAUGACUGGGAAAGACACUUUCUUGUCCCUGGCUCCUCCCUUGUCUCUGUUUCCUGUUGCUAUGCUGUGAGAAACUGUCUUCUGCCAUGCCGUCCCAUAGUGUCAUUUUUACCUGGGAUCCAGCUGACCAGGGAUUGAAUUCACAAGACAAAUAAACUGCUCUGUUAAAUUGCAAA